AUGUUGAGAACUUCCCAACUCUCAAGAAAUAAUGUGCGACCAUUCGUUUGCUGGAAGUGUUGCGCAAACUUUAAUUCCGGGGCAACAGUUGGAAGGCGACAACUGCUACAAGGCCUAGACGGAAAUGGUCAAUCGAGGCAAAAGACAAUAUUAAGGCGAGGUACGAAGUCGUUCAGCACCAGCCAUGUAAGCCGAGCCGAAACAGAGACGCAAAUUCGCAGACUUCCCGGUUUGUCUGAUGUUUUGUACAGACGGAAGGAAGGGUUGGUGCCGCUUAGAAAGCGGCUAGAAGCGUGGGAGGCAGAGCAUGCCAGUCAAUAUAUUCCUGUCACAAUCAAUGACGAUGCUUCACCCGGAAGUUUGGACAAUGCCAGCAGUCGAAUCCAGGAUAACAAGUUCGAAAUCGAUGACGAAGAGGAUGCAGUGCAUGAUGACAUCUCGACUGUUAGAUUUGAUGAUUUGGUCGAUGUUGGAAGUAGGCGCGGGUUUUUGAUUCCCGGGGAUCUCGUUGAAGUUAUUGGCAAAGGGCAGAGACAAGAACUUGCAAUAUAUAUACGCGAUGUCGGCAGACUUGCCGAAUUCUAUACAAUGUCUGGCACUUUGAUUAAGGGCCCCAUGAAAGCUACACACUUUUAUGUACCAGGCUUCGUUAGCAACGAUGAAUUGAACACAAUUCGACCUUUUCUAUUAUUGGCGGAAGCUGGACAAUCGGAUGGGUCAAAUAUACAUAAAUUAGAUCAACAAAUCCCUAGAGAAGCGACCAAGUCUAUGUUGGAAAAGAUGCAUAGGUUCUGGGAUGAAUCUGAAGAGCUUUAUCAAAGCACUUUUUCCAAGCUAGACCAUGCUCACAAUCUCGUUGCCAAAGAUAAAUCUUACCGGUAUGCUACAUUAAUUGAGCUAGCCAAUGAAAUUAUUCCUCAAAGCAAUUCAAAUGCAGGGAAUGGUUCACCUUCAUACCCUGUAUUGUAUGCUCUACAUCGUUCCCUUAUGCGCGAUGAAAUUGGGUUUCGACCACAAUUGAGGGGGGCUACUAGAACCGGCGGACAGUACGAGAUUAGCUCCAAAGCAGAGGUAAAGAAUAUCAUGUACGUUGUCGAGGAAGUUCGCAAGCAUCAAAAAGCCUCGGAGACGAGUUUGAUGUUGAAAAAGAGAUCUCUACUUAAUUGGGUCAAAGAUUGUCAGGGGGUUAUAGACGAGAGUCGCAAAUCACGUCAACUCACAACCCAUGGUACCAUUAGACCGUUAACUACAUCGGAUGAGAAAAUAGAUUUUCCACGCCAAGUUGGUAAAUCGCCAUAUACAGAGUUUUUGAAGUCAUGGGCGGCUUUCCGAACCAUUGAUCGCAACUCCACAAUAAAUUCAACGGGCUCCAGCCUUCUUCGAAUCAUAGCUCGAUACGAGGAUUUCCAAUUGGAUCAAAGCACUGCAUGGACUUUCUUGCAAGAAAUUGGUGAAAUUCAUCCCACAACGAACCGGGUAGCCUAUGAUCUUCGGGUUCAUAAUCACGGGUGCAACGAUAUUUCUCAGAAAGACUGUUUUACUUCUGAAGAUAGUAUGUCGGCUCUUCGAGAGGACUUCCAUCUACCGGUUUACUGUAUUGAUUCUGUAGAUGCUCAUGAAGUUGAUGAUGGAGUAUCAAUAGAACGCACUGAAACACCAAACGAGUAUUGGGUUCAUGUUCAUGCAGCCGAUCCUGCAUCACGAUUGGAAGCAAAGGGUGAGUUUGCGGAUGAGAUUUCAGAUCGUACUGAAACCAUCUAUUCGCCAAAAGAAGUGUACUUCUUAUUGCCGCCUGAUUUCGUGCAAAAUAACCUCAGUCUCGACACUAAUCGUCCGUCUUUGACGUUUAGCGCCAAGAUGAAUUUGAAUGGUGACAUACUGGAUACAAGGAUAUCUCCACGCACCCUUUUAGAUGUAAAAUUCAUGACACCCAAGGUAGUUGCUGAAGUCGUUAGCGGAAGUGAUUCUACAGACUCCAAUAUCACUUCCACUUCCAGUACUGUUGGAUCACCUAUCGCCCAUACUUCGGAGAAGAGGACUAUGCUGUCAAGCCACCAGCUUUCUGACGAGCACAAGGAAGACCUUCGAAUACUACACAGGAUUGGUGAUGCUCGACUCAAGCAACGUAUAGCUCAUGGUGGUGUUUCCAUGAGCUCUGCCAAUGUUAAUGUAUCAGUGUCGCCCACAGCGGGAACAAUUCAAUUGCAAAAAGAAGAAUCUAGUAGUCCGGGUUCAAAAAUAGACGCAGUUGCACCACUUAUGUUGAUCGCCGCAGAGGUCGCAGCGCGAUGGUGCUACGAUAGAGGGGUUCCAAUUCCUUAUCGUGUCACUCCUCGCAACACAAGCAAAAAAGAUCCCUUGGAAUUCUAUAGGGAAGUCGUAUUGCCUUCACUGGACGAGCAUGGUCACCCUCCAGUUAAUAUUGCUCUGCAAUAUUUUCGAUUACUUGGCACAAUACUUCCAUCCACUAUCCCAGGCCCGCAUGUGGCAGUCGGCGUCGAAAUGAUGGCCAAGUGUACAAGCCCUCUGCGCCGCUACGGUGAUUUGCUACUCCAUUGGCAAGUACAAGCUGCACUUCGGGAAGAAGCACGCUUAGGACAUGAUCUUAAAAAUAACAUUAAGGAAGAUUUCCUUCCAUUCACAAAAGCCGAGCUUGAUCGCAUCAUUUCCCAUCUUGAUGCUCGCGAAAGAAUGAUUAAACAAGGCAACAGGGAUUCUAUUAGACAUUGGCUAUGUCACUUUCUGAUUCGCGCAUGGCAAUUCAAAGAGGCUCCUCUUCCUCCUACCUUCAACUUUGUAGCCAGCGAAGAUGUUACAUACAGUAGCACAUGGGGCAAGCUGAGCUUUUUUGAUGCCCCUGCAAAAUUGGUAGGAUCUGAGACUUUUAAUAUUGAGAGUGUCAAAGCUGGCGAUCUACUAGAAGUCGAAUUGGAGGAUAUAAAUGUAUACUUACGCAGCAUAACUGUCAAGGCGAUUCGUCGUUUGUCAUAA